GGUGUUCCUGGUAGCCAUCUUGGAUGUGUGGAGUGAUUGUUUAGCGAGAAGAAUUAACAAAUUAUUUAAAAAAAAUUGACUUUAUAUUGAGUCCGUGAAGAAUUUCCGGAACGGGUCAUUUGCGGAAAGAAGUGCUAACCCGGAAAAAUCCAGAGGAGCUGCAGAGCUCCGCACUGACAGCUGCAAACUAAAAGUGAUGGAAGAAGGCAUGAAGACAUCAUCCUAGUCAUUAGUCAUGGCCGAUAAAAGGAAACUUCAAGGUGAAAUAGAUCGAUGUCUGAAAAAAGUAGCGGAGGGCGUGGAACAGUUUGAAGACAUUUGGCAAAAACUUCACAAUGCAGCCAACGCAAACCAGAAGGAGAAAUAUGAAGCAGACCUCAAGAAAGAGAUUAAAAAGCUCCAGCGUCUUCGAGACCAGAUCAAGACGUGGGUGGCAUCCAACGAGAUCAAAGACAAAAGGCAGCUAAUAGAGAACCGCAAACUCAUAGAAACGCAAAUGGAGAGGUUUAAGAUUGUCGAGAGAGAAACCAAGACAAAAGCCUACUCGAAAGAAGGGUUAGGCCUCGCUCAGAAGGUGGACCCGGCUCAGAGGGAGAAGGAGGAGGUCGGCACGUGGCUAACUAAUACAAUAGACAUGUUGAACAUGCAGGUGGAUCAGUUUGAGAGCGAGGUGGAAUCUUUAUCGGUCCAGACACGGAAGAAGAAAGGAGACAAAGAGAAGCAGGAUCGUAUUGAGGAGCUGAAGCGGUUCAUCGAGAAACAUCGGUACCACAUACGAAUGCUGGAGACGAUACUUAGGAUGCUGGACAAUGACUCUGUGCAGGUGGAAUCCAUCAGGAAAAUCAAGGAUGAUGUGGAGUACUACAUUGACUCAUCGCAGGAUCCUGACUUUGAAGAGAAUGAGUUUCUGUACGAUGACUUGGACCUGGAGGAUAUCCCUCAGUCCUUCGCCACGUCCCCUCCGGGACACUCGCACUUGGAAGAUGAGAUCUUCCAGCACUCCAGCAGCACACCAACCUCCACCACCUCAUCUUCACCAAUCCCACCCUCGCCUGCAACUUGCACUACAGAAAACUCAGAAGAUGACAAAAAGCGGGGGCGUUCUACUGACAGCGAAGUUAGCCAGUCUCCUGUGAAGAAUGGCAACCCGUCAUCAUCAUCAUCAUCAUCAUCAUCGUCCUCCUCCUCCUCCUCCUCCUCCUCUUCUUGCUCUUCUUCUUCUUCUUCCUCUGUCUCGGGACUGACUUCAUCCUCGCUGGUCUCUAUGGCAACCAUUGCUGGGUGUGGAAGCAGCAGCUCUGGGGAAAACAGUCUUCUCGGCAGCAUGGGGGGCCUCCUGUCCAACUCCUCAGUUGGCAGCUACAGCAACGCCACCCAGCAGCAGCCACACCCUUCAGCACAGCUACAACUGUCUAAAAACUCUGUUAGCUCCUCUUCUUCUUCUUCAGCACCUUCUGUCUCCAACGCCAGCACCUCAAACAACACUCACCCCACCUCGUCUGCUUCCUCACCCCCCAACACCAGCACACAAGGACUUCUAACAUCACACUCACAGCCACAGACUCAACUAGGGCCCACGGCCAUGUCUAACAGCCUCGGCCUCAGCUUGGGCCUGUCCCUGGGUAAAAAAGCCAUGUCCAGCUCCAUCGCAACCAGCCAAAUAUCUGCAGGCCUCGGCCUGUCGGGGAUGCCGGCAUCCCUGAGUACUAUGGCAAACCUUCUGUCCAGCUCGACCCCGGCACCCUACGCUCAGGCAGCUGCUUCUGGCACGGUCAGCUCGGGUUUACCUGGAUCUCUGGGCGGUGUGAGCACCACGACAACUAACAACACAACAUUAGGGUCCAUUGGCAGUGGAAGUGUCACAGUCGGCGGGCCAACGUCCUCAACAGGGGGUCUUCUGGGCGUGGCACCAGGGGCAGCCAGCAUCACCUCUGGGAUUCUGGGUUUGGGCUCUGGUCAGUCAGGUGUACAGGGUUCUUCCCUGGUGGCGCUCAGCCCAGGAGGAGCACUGGCUCUGGGGAGUGGAGUUGGGGUCAUUGGGAGCAACGGAGGCAGCUCGGGAGCAACAGGAAGUGGAGUAAUGGGAAUUGGCGGAGGAAAUGCGUCGGGUUCUAUAAGGCCUUCGAGUCGGCAGAAGCAGAACGGUAGCACGAGUUACAGCUCUGUGGUAGCAGACAGCGCAACAGACUCCACCCUCAACAGCGCCAGCCAAUCACAAAGCAGCCAACCCUCAUCUUUGACUUCCACGACCACGUUGAUUAAGGACACUGGUUCCAGUCUACUCGGGUCUAUCAGUUUAUCAUCCAGCUCGCCGUCACCCAGCUCCUACAGCGAGGCCAAAAUGGCCAGCGGCAGCAGCAGCUUGUUGAACGGGCCGCUGUUGUACUCGCAGUCCUCUGACAACAUCAAGGCACAGGAGCCUCUGAACAGCCUGAAGUCCAUGGCCGAGCAAGCAGCACUCAGCUCAGGGAUGGAGGGAGACAUGCCCUCCCUGCACCUCACCUCAGAUAUCUUCCCCAGUUCUACGGCCCCCUCAGGCCCCGCGUCAGCACCGCAGUCCUCAUUGUCAGAAGUCAGUAUCCCCCCGUCAUUAGGCGUCUGCCCACUGGGGCCAGUUCCCCUAUCCAAAGACCAGCUCUACCAGCAGGCCAUGGAGGAGGCGGCCUGGACACACAUGCCACACCCCUCCGACUCAGAGAGGAUUAGGCAGUACCUGAUGAGGAACCCGUGCCCCACCCUGCCUUUCCACCACCAGGUGCCGCCCCCACACUCUGACACCGUCGAGUUCUACCAGAGGCUUUCCACGGAAACCCUCUUCUUCAUCUUUUACUACCUGGAGGGCACGAAGGCCCAGUACCUGGCAGCCAAAGCCCUGAAGAAACAAUCGUGGAGGUUCCACACAAAGUACAUGAUGUGGUUUCAGAGACAUGAGGAACCUAAAACCAUCACUGAUGAGUUUGAACAGGGAACGUACAUUUACUUUGACUAUGAGAAAUGGGGCCAGCGUAAGAAGGAAGGUUUCACCUUCGAGUACCGGUACCUAGAAGACCGAGACCUGCAGUGACCUGCGGAGACACCCGGCAGCAGGUGGACAGCUGAGAACACCAACGAGGGAACGAACAGCCGUCCAGCUGAUGACAUUCCUGGAUUUGACCUCAGCACGAUGGCUGAAGGAGACAUUUGGGUCAGAGGGAGGUCCUUCUGCUGACGCCUCCCACCCCUCCUCCUUUUCUGCACCUCUUCAUCAUCAGGUCUCUUUUUUUCCUCAUCAGCAGCAGCAGUUGUUUGUCUUUGUUGAACUGGAAUUCUCUUUAAAACAAUGAUGACAUAAAAAAUAAGUCGCAGUCAGACUAUCAGGAGCUUUUCGUCUUCUCUGUUUCUUUUAUUUUUGCUUUAAAAAUCUUUCACUCACACCCGCCCACUUAGAGCCAAAGAGGAGAACUGGUUAUCACGUAGUUGGGGUUUAGUUCCCCUUCAGAUGAAAACCUGCAGCAGACACAGUGUUAAAUCAUGUUGCCAUAGCAGCGCCGUCAGAGGUCGCACUGUGGGGUCACGUGGUCAUCGUGGGCCCGGCACUGCCAUGAAGUUAAGUUUUCUUGCAAUAAGGGCUUGUUGAGCUUCAUCACUUCAGAAUCUCACCCUUCAGGCGUAACGCUUCCCCUCCUGUGCAGUCGUCAUGGAAACUGACUGAUGUGGAGCUAACGUGCUAACACCAACUCAGCGGUCAGCUCACUGAGGUGGGAGACAGACACCAGCAGACUGGCGCUCGCAGUCACACACCGCAUUCCCCGUGUAACACAAACCUUCACCAAAGUCCUCAACAUGCAGCCCGUCACCAAGGCCCAAAACACAGCUUUAUCUCAAAUCUGCUGGCUCCGCCCCCUUUAUAAGCUCUGCCUCAAAACAUUUUGUAAAAAUUAAGUUUAGGAACGGUAACUGUUCCAUCCUUCCUGCUACCAUCCCAUAAGGGAUUGUGGGAAGGAAAAAAAAAAACUAUUGUUUUUUUUAAAUGAAUAAUAAUAAAUGUGCUUUACAUCAAUCAUAAUAAUAAUAAUAUCAUUUAUUCCAAUUUAGUUUUAAAAGCACUUGUUUCACAUCUUCACAAGAGCCACCUGCAGAAUGUGAUGGUUUCUAAUUCAGAUCAGACACAAAAGGAAUUUCUUUUUUUUUUUUAUUAUUAUUAUUAUUAUUAUCUCGACCGUGUUUGCACUCUGUUUAUUUAUUGCAUAAUGAGAAUGAUUACUUAAAACAUGAAAAGGAUGCUGAAAUAAAUCCCAUUAAAGUUGGCAACAAAUUCAUAUAAAGGGGUGGAGCCAGGAGGAUUUAGAAUAGAAUAUUAUAUAAGAGAUAAGGCUGUUUUAUGAAUGAUAUUUUAUGGGUUUUCCUUUUUUUUCGCAGCAGAUGUGGAAUCAGAGCUGCAACUGUAUGAGGCGGAUCUUUGUAAAUCUAUAUCAAAACAAAAGAUGAUGAUGUGUUUUGGACCUGGGUGGGCGUGUCCACUCUGACGAGUGCUGAGCGACGUGGGCGAUCGAUCUGCUUCCCUCCCCCUCGCUGCCCACACAGUCUCCACUGAACGUUUGCAUGUUGACGGCUUUCACGGAGCCGACGAACUGCAAACACACAAAACGCCCGCGGUUUAAACUCCUUGGUUCCCGCUCUCCCUCACGCCAGGUAGAUGUUUCCUUUCUUUCUCAGGAAGUAUUUGAUUAUUUCAAGAGGAAAUGUAUCCGCCAGCAGCACAAUAAUCACUCUGCAGACAGAUUCUGGCCUAAAUUUUAAGUUUCAGAUUUAAUUUCUGUGAACUUGCUCCUUUGCUCUGCUUUUAUCUUUGCUUUUAAGAAUAUUCUCCAAUGUUUGGAGCAUCAGCUGGAACAGAGAUCAUCUUUCCGUUCAUGUGGAUUUUCUGUUAAAGCGGAGUCCGAGGAGCCGUGUUGUGUUUUUUUUUUUUUAAAUCGUCAUCACAACUUCAGCAGGACCACAAAGCCUUUUGACGAACAUUUCGACACCUUUUCAUUCAACUGACAGUCCUGCUUUUCCACGGAUUUGAGCUCAAUCCGAGGAUCUCUCCGUGACCCGUGACAAAAGUGUUGUGUGGACUCACCGUUGUUCAAACUCUCCUUUUGUUUUUUUGUUUGUUGUUGUCGUCACAACAGCAUGAAAUAAUGACACUUGCAAAGUGGCGCUGAAAAAGUAAAUAAAAACAUAACCAUGAAUAAAGGAUUGUAAAAUAUUAAUAAAAGAGUUACUUUUCAGAAAACU